AAUGGAAUGUGGCACAUGGUACAAUGCGGGCGUUGCUAGUAUGUUCAAUGUAUUCUGAUAUAUACAAAACCGGGUGAAGAGAAAAGUUUUUUGUUUCUGAAAUAACGAAAAAUAUGUAAGGUUUAAGCUGUUCAAUACAAACAUAACCAAAAAUUUUGGUUGUUCAAUCAUGUAAUACAAAGUCUUAACAGCUAAAAUGAAAUUUUUUUUAUUAAGUCAUAAAAUUUUACUAUCUUCAUAUUUUUGUGUUGUUUGUGGGUAUUUGAAUUUAUAUUUGAGUCUUUCCGAAGUUCAGAGAUUGCUGGGUUUACAUGCUGAACUUUUCUAUAUCCGAAAAGGAGUAAUAAAUGAUUAUGCCCUGAACUUCGUUGUUCUAAUUCCAUCCAAUGUCGAUUCUCUACAUUUCACAUGGGAAACUUUAACACCAGGACAACAGGUGCAUUAUUCACUUCAAGUCUACACAUCAAAUCCUGUUGCCCUUCCACCUCCUAAGUUCAAUAUAUCAGACUUCGGCGUAAUUCCAAACUCAGUUCAAACUUUUCAAAUUACUUUGCCAUGUUCGGGUAUCGUAGAAGCUGAAGUAAUGAUCACAAUCAAAAUGAAUAUAACUUUUUCACCGGAAAACGUUACAACACUCACUUUUCAAAGGAAAAAAGUUUGUCUAGAAUUAGUUAAAUCAACUACUUAUAUUUCUAUGGACUCAGUGCCUCAAUUUACGAAUUCUGCAAAUAUUUUUUAUAUAGCGGUUUGCUGUGCCAUUUUACUUAUUUUAAUUCUAGCAUUCGUUGUUAUUUCAUAUUAUAUUAAAGAUAACAAAACUAGAAGAACGACUGAAAAUGGUAGUGGACCAACUACAUCGACAACAACGUUUUUGGCAGCUUUGCCUAGGAGUAGUGUGAAUGCGUCUUCCUAUGGUAGUUUUAGAAGAAUGCCCAGCUAUUCACUUAUUGAUGAGAGGUCUAAGGAUUUACAAGAUAAAAUCACAGAACUCUCAGUACAACGAUGCAGAGUUCGACUGAGUAGUAUAAUUCUUGAAGGUACUUUUGGAAAAAUAUAUCAUGGCUCGUACACCACAGAAGAAGGAAAUGAAGAAACUGUUAUAGUGAAAACAGUUACAGACCACGCUAGUGAAGUACAGAUCUCACUUUUAUUGCAAGAGGGAAUGUCUAUGUAUGCUUUGAAUCAUAAGAAUAUAUUGAGCAUUCUAAGAGUUUCUGUUGAAGAACACAUGGCUCCAUUUUUGCUGUAUCCAUACAAAAAUUACACUAAUCUCAAAUUGUUCCUACAAAAAUGUAAAGUCUCUUCUGAGGGAGUUCAUCACACUUUAACCACACAAGAAGUGGUUGACAUGGCAUUGCAAAUUAUUCAGGCCAUGCAAUAUUUGCAUAAAAAGCAUUUAUUGCAUAAAGAUUUAGCUGCUCGCAAUUGUUUGGUUGAUGACAAAUUAAAUGUAUUAGUUGCUGACAACGCUUUAUCUAGAGACUUGUUUCCUUCAGACUAUCACUGCCUGGGUGACAACGAAAAUAGGCCUGUUAAAUGGUUAGCUAUUGAGAGCCUCCUCCAUAAAAGUUUUUCACCAAGCUCUGAUGUAUGGUCAUUUGGAGUAUUGCUGUGGGAACUUACCACCCUUGCUCAGCAGCCCUACGUAGAGAUUGAUCCUUUUGAAAUGGCGGCUUAUUUAAAAGAUGGUUACCGUCUUGCUCAACCGAUUAAUUGCCCAGAUGAAUUAUUUGCAGUAAUGGCUUAUUGUUGGGCAAUGAGUGCUGAAGAGAGACCUAACUUUACCCAACUACAUGUAUGUUUGCAAGAAUUUUAUGCACAAUUGACUAGAUAUGUGUGAGCAAAAAUGUAUUUAUAAUUUUUUGGCAGUGAGAAAAUUACUAAAAUCUGAUUUAUUAUAAAUGCAGAGCGAUUCCAUAGUUAAGUACAAUUUUGUUAUAUAUCUGUUACUCAAAACAGAAAUAAAAGAGAAUCAAAACAUAGAUGCCAUUAUAUAUAAUAAUGAUCAAAACUCGUAAGAUACCAGUGAAGUUGGUGAAUUAUCUCUGCUAAAAACAUAAUUAAGGUUAUUCGUAAAACAACAGACACCCAAAAAUGAUCAGUGAGUUUAUAGAAAUGAACAUAUUUUGUAAAAAUCUAUAUAUGGGGAUCCCACAACACAUUAGAAGUAAAGUUACACCAUCCAAUUGUAUAAUAUGAGGAAGCAAAUUACAGAUGCUGAAAACCAUACUGUAAAAUAACAGGAGUACUAUAAUAUCAAUAAAACAUUGUGCCAUUGCAAGACAGAAAUCAUAUAAAAACCUUCUAACAGUCAGACACAAGUACAUCUAUAAAAAGGUGAAACCUAUUCCAGUGUAACCAGUGGCAACUCAAAUCAGAACGAUGUUUAUGUUUCUAUAUAGUCUUGAUUGUAGGUCUCUUCUGAUUGAAAAUUAGUUUUUUUAAAGACAGUUCUAAAUUUGACGAUUUCACCAAUUGCAGUCUUUAUCAAAAUAUUACUUGAUAUUGACAACUUGCAACAUUAUAUUGAUUAAUAGAUCACCUACAACAGGGAUAUUAAAGUAGAAAUCUGUUUUAACCACAAUAAUUUCAUUUUUUUUCAAGUUGUCAUUUCCCAAAAAUAAUUAAAAGCUAUCAAUUGAAUUUUGUAAUUGCAUUGAAAUUUAUGAAAUAGAAAUAUUGAUUCUACUUAAAUUGUUCAGAUCGCCUAUAUCAUUGACAAUUUUCUCGUUCCUAUUUAUGUAAAUCAUUUCUAAAAAUUCUCUUUUUCCUGUAUUUGAUACCGUUUUAGAAUAAUUUAAUUUUUUUAAUGAUAUCUCAUGGUUUUGUUAAUACAGUUUUAUUAUUUUUUAUCGUAUUGAUGGCCUUUUAAUCUAUUAUCGAAAUACUGUGAUGUCUGUCCUAUGCAAACAGCAUAACAAACAUUAUAAGGCACUCGAUACAUAAUAUUACAUAUUUGUUUUUGAUUUUACUUUGGUAAAAUAUUUGGACUUUAUGACUGGAAUUAGUAUCAUAUUUAUUGAAGUAUACCAAUAGUUGUUGAAAAAAUCCUUACACAUAUAGCCAGGAGAAGUGCAUCAAUAGAAAAUAAUUGUCUUGAAAAACUGAUAAAAAUAAACAAAUACUACAAUUAAAUAAAAAACAAAACAAAAGCCAAGAAUAAAAACGUUAACCUCUUGUAUGUAUAUAGAUAAUAUUAUUUUAUCUCUUUCAUAUAAUGAAAUUAAUAAUUUACUGUUCAAUAGUUUCUAACCUCAUAUACAAUUCACUGUAGAAGAGGAGAAUACUGAAAAAUCUUUACCUUUUAAUGACACUAAAUUUUUUAGAAACAAAGAUAUUGAAAUUUUAAUUAACUGGUAUAGGAAAUCAAUAAAUUCUGAAAUAAGAUUAAUUUAAUCAAACAGAUGAAAAAUAGAGUUCUUGAAAUUUCUGAUCUAAUAUUUCAAAAGGAAAAUCUCAAAAUACUUCAAUAACUUUUUCAUUAAAACUCAUACCUUUUGAAAACAUUACUACUUUUGACUUGUGUAAAUCAUCAAUUUUGGUUUUGAUGUAUUUUGUGAAAUUUUUAUGUGUACUCUAUUUCUCUUUAUUUAUUUUCAAGUUCAUCUAAUUUUCAUUACCAGACUGGUUGUUUGUGAGUGAUUUUAAAAGUUGUUAUUUGUUGUUGAGAAACAUUCUUGCCAACGUUACUAAUACCAACUGUUGUUUUCAGCGCAAAAGAUGAUAUUUUGAAUUUUAUAAAAUUUAGGUGUAGUAAACUUUUUAUUUAGGAUCGUGUGGAAGAGAAUUCAUUUGCCAUCUUUGCUCUCUCCCUCAAUACCCAAAAGACGACUUUACUAAAGUGAUUUUUUUCUCAUUAUUAGAGUUUUUGUUUUUCUAAGGGAUAUGAUUUUGUUAAAUAGUAUGGUUAGGUUGAAGUCGCAAAAAUAAUUCUUAUAUUUUUCAAGAUUUUCACAUAAAUUAGUUCCCAUUUUAUUUAAUUUAAAUAAAGUAUAAGAGUAUAAGUUAUGGGCUAAAUUUUGAACAUAUAAAACAUUUUUGAUUUGUGCAGUUUCACCAGUUUGCAAAAACACAUCAAUCGAACCUAAAUGUGUAAACUUUUAAGUUUCAUUACCUUUAGCUACAUUAAUUAGGAUUUGAUGUUGAGGUAUACAUACUUUUGAGAAUACACUGAUGUCAUUUAUUAGAUGAUCUGUUGCGCCCGAGUCUAUAUACCAUUUAACUAUGUUAUUACUACAAGUAGUGUUCAAAGCCUUUCCUGAAGUUAUAAAUGCUAUCAAUUUCCUCUGUUUCUCGUUACAUAGUCUGAUUUACUUGUUUUUUAAACCAACGUUGGCUCCUUGUACGAGGAUGUAUUGAUAUCUAGUUAGCCUAGACCAGUUCCAUGCAUAAAGAAAAUAUUGCUUUACCAUAGCAACGAACAACUUAUUAGAAGUGGCAGUGUAAAGUUUGACGUCAAAAAAGUAAACCAGAAUUACGCAAUAAAUUAAAAGAAAAAAAAUGUCCACCGAAAUUGUGAAAAUCGAAAAAUUGGAGUAUCGAGCUAUCAUCAAGUACCUGUAUUUAAAAGGGUUAAGAGGUAAGCAGAUUUAUAAAGAUGCUUAAUACCCCUGGGGAUCAAUGUCCUUCGUAUACGACCGUGAAAAAUUGGACUGCAAGCUUCAAAAGAGGUAAAUUUUCCAUUGAAGAUGGUGACCAAUCGGAAAGGCCAGUUUCUGUGUCAGUCCCCGAAAAUAUCGAUGCAGUUCACGACAUGAUUUUAUCAGACCGUCGAAUUUGGCUAAAACGGAUAUCUGAAGCACUGAAUAUUUCAUACGAAUGUGUUCAUCAUAUAGUUCACGUCAAUUUGGACAUGAGAAAAAUUGCUGCAAAAUGGAUCCCCAAAUGUUUGAAUGUUGACCAAAAGCGUGCAAGGUUAGAAGCAUCAGGUUCGAUCUGUACUCGAUUUGAAAAGGUUGUAGACUUCUUAAAUCGAAUUGUUACUAUGGAUGAGACUUGGGUACAUUUCUACGAUCCAGAAACAAAGCAAAAAUCGAUUGAAUGGCUUCACUCUGGUUCUCCAAGACCUAAGAAGUUUUGUGUCCAAAAAUCUGCUAGUCUUGGGGGAUUGUAAUGAACUAGUUGGAUGAAGUGGACUGUCGUGUUUGUCGUUCACUACAGCACCCAAGUAGAUGUGUUGUUUUCUUCGACGAGGUUGCGGAAUGAAGGACCAGUCGUAAUUUUAAGUAACGUUUAAUAAAAACACUUAAAUACGACAAUAUUACACGUAAAUCGAUGUACAAAAUAAGCAACAAGAUAAAUCAACAAGAAUGUCCACAGUGAUAUAUAGUUGGUUACAAAAGAUAGCGAAGUUUAUAUGUAUAUUUUUCCGGUUAUUCUUGAACGAAGUAACAGAAAAUUGCACGUUUUAGGUUGCGUCGUAACGCGAGAGAUAUUUUGAUUAUUCAGGUAAAUCGCAAUUUUGCCCGUUUGUAAGGUUAAGAUUUUUUAUGAGUUGAUAAGUGAGAGAGAAUCGUUAAGUUGAUUUAGAUAUAGUUCGUUAGUUUUAACGCGCACUGUAUGUUUAGUUUCUGUUUACUGUGGAUUCUUUUUUCUCACUGUUCUGUACUGUGUUACUUUCUGCUCUCUUACUGUCUCGUGCAUGAAUGUUAAAUUUUAUUUAUAUGUAUGGGCUAAAAUGGGGGUUAAAAGUAUCCCAAUAUCGUGGUAAUAUUUUGUGUUAAUUGCCGUGAAGCAAUAAAAAGGAUCUAUAUUUUUCAAACAGAUUUUUUGAAAUUUCUCUUUUGUUUGUAUAAGGGUUAACCAGAUAAACUUGGAAUAGUUUGUAAAAGUAUAAUGAAGGUUUUCAAAAGUUUUCAAUAGUAAUUGUGUUUAUUUGAGAGAAAGUUAUUAGUGACACUUUAGAAAUUUAACGAUUGGUCUCUUGCGGAGAGAGAGUUAUUUAUUAGGGGCUUAAAGGUACAAAGGACAUUCGACAUUUGUCAUUGUCUGAAAAUUCAUAAAAUUGUGAAAGUCUUAACGAUUAUGGUAUUUACAGUAUGUUGAAUCGCAACAGCUAGAAAAGUUCUUGCUUCAGUUUUUUGGGAUUGCCAUGGAGUAAUCAUGAUUGAUUUUUUUUGAUUGAUUAUUUACAUUUUCCAUACAUGUCACUGGUACUUUGUUAUUGUUGUUAUUUCUUAAAGCUCAUUUUGUUUUGAGUCUUCAAUUGUACUUUCAAGCACUGUAAAAUGUGCACUGGCCCCGAAGACUACACUAAAUGCAUUUUUAACAUUUUUGUCACCGGUAUUUUGUUUUUUUUUUGACCGCGAUUUGCACAUUUGUUUUCGAAAUGACCAACUUGUUAACAACCACAACAUCUAACGUCAUUUCGAUAUUUUACAGUUGGAAUUACAUAUGACCAACUAGUAGCGUUACCAUAUCUGCCCGUUUGUAUGAUUUUUCGUCGGUGGUUAAGGCGAUUCCAGAAUGUUCUAUAGCCAUUAUCAUGGAUUAAAAUUUAUUAGACAAUCCUGCAAGCAAAAGAGAUCAAGUUUUUUUAACUAUUUCAACAAGUUGAUCACAUAAGAGGCCAUUGAGCACAGUUUGCCAAACGCGAUGAUAUGAAACUUAGUAACAAACUUAUGCGUCUCGUGAAUCCAGAAUCAUCAAACAACUCUUUGAGUUUGUCCCACAGGUCUGUCGCUGUUUUAGUAUCUAUAUAACGAAGUAUCAGUCGUCAAAAUAAACUUAUAGCUUAGGAAAACUUUCAAUACAAUUCUUUGCCGUCAUUUUCACUUAAAAAUCACGAAUUCCGCAACUUUCCUGGUUUCUUUUUCAUACACGCCACGCUCCUGGGCCCAUAACCUGUCAAAUACCAAAGUGUACCCUAUUUAAUAUUAUCAUAUUCUGAGCUUUCGAAUACUUACUUUUUUAUGUUUCAAACAUACUUAUUUCGAUUUAAAAUAUUUAUUCUUUCACUUUAAUUUGACAUAAUAUCAAAAAUUCUCUUUAUUCAUUUAAAUCUCUACUUUCUGAUGGUGUCAAAAAAACCACAUUAUUAUAGUAAUUUUUUUCAGAAAAUGCGAUUUUUUAAAAUUAUGUACAAUUUUUACUUAUUUAAUAAAAUUUUAAGCAAUGUUACAUUGAUAAACACAAGUAAUUAAAAUAUUAAAUCUCAUAAAUACCUUAAAAAUAUACGUAAUGAUUAAAAAAUAUAUUUCGGAUUCGAAUUUUUUUACCUUUUCUGAGAAAACUUACUAUAGUAAUGUAUAUUUUUUACACCAUAUGACGUGAGAAUUUUCUAUUGAAAAUUAGGGUACUUACUCAAUAUUAUAUCAAAGUAAGGUAAAAAAAUAAAAAAAAGUGUGCAUGAAAAAGUUUUUUCUACCUACAAGUAGUUUUACCUUAAUUGGAUAAAACGUUUUUUACCUUCAAAAACUCCUUCCAGUUCCAGAACUCAUAUCAGUAUAAAUUAUUUUUCCUUCAAUCUUUAUAACAGUCUCUUCCUUACUUAAUUUUUUAUCGAAAUAAGAUAACAAAAAAAUAUAUUUAAAUAUAAAAAUUAUAAAUCCUUGGAACAUCCAUUUGGAGAAAAAAAAAUGUUAAGGAAUGGUUCAUACAUAAAAAUAAAAAAUCUAUCAAUGAUUGAAAACUAAGUUCGAAUUUUUGGAACCGUGGGUGAUAUUUAUACUGAUCACACCAACACUCACAAGUAAACUUACCUACCUGUGUUCAGAAUGACUGAAAAUUCAUCAUUCUAUUUUAUAUAUUUCAAUGUAAUUAUAAAUAAUUUAUAUUGAUAAUUGCUUCUCUUUCUAACUUGAAAUUUGAUUAUCAACAGUUAAAGAUAGAAAAUGUUGGUGAAUUUAGAAGUAUUGUAUUUGUAUAUUCUUGGAUAUCUAUCAUUUAUUCUAUGCGUAGGUCUAAACGUCAAAACUCUUUCGUAAAUUAAACGUGUUAUUUAAUAAAAUAGACCCAAAUCAAGAUCAAUCAUUCACAAGAAUAUAUAAAAAGGUCUAAAAUUGAAGAACUUGAAGAAAUUAUUGGUACAAAACUUCAAACAUAUGGCUAAAUAAUUAAUACAAUGUUCAGUUUUAAACAUUCAUCGAGAAAUUUAUAAAUUUAAUAUAAUUUACAAUACAUGAAAAUUUUGUUCAUACAGAAAUAAUUUUGUAUAAAGUAUGACUUAAACAGUCAUUAUUUAUUUGGUGUAGGAAAAUAAAAAUUUGUAAAUUUGUCAUUCAUUUCUAAAAAGAAAACUUUUAUUUUAAUUACAAAAGUGUUUUUACUACUAGACAAAAACUGAAAAACUAAAAUAUCAUGAACAGCUAACAAAAAGAUAAGUGUACAAUUCUAAGUAAUAUAUAUUAUAUUUUAUGUGUUAGCAAACCUUCGGCUCAUAACUAGGAAUUAGUUUUUUGUAACUAAUAAGUUGAUUAAUCAAAGCAGCCAUAUUAUUCAUCUAAAUUUCACUUAGUCAUAUAUGAUCAGUAAUUUUUUCACAAAACGUUCUUAAAAUUAAUUCCUGUUUCAAAUUCGGAGAAAUCUUAUGUAAUUAUGAUUUGAAUAUUUGUACAAGUAUGUAGUAGAUGGAAUAAUUCAGAAGAAAUUUUUUUAAUAUGUAUGUUCUUGUAUCUUAUAUGUUUCGAUUGGUUCGAAUUUUUGAGAUUGAUAGUACUUAAGGUCAUAUUGGUCAAAUUUCCGGUAAUUUUUACUCAUAUUAUUAAUCAAACUAUUUGCCCAUAACUUUUUGCCUAUUUUUACACUUGUUUACUUGUUUGAAAUUGUGGUGAAAAUUUAUCCUCAAAAUUUGCAUUAUCGGAAAGUAGUUAUAACUAAUUACCAUUGUAUUGUGGCAUUUUAUUUGAAAUUAUUGAAACUAUCCCGAUUCGACUACACUGGUUUGUCUACAGAUAUGGAAGACCUCGCCUACGAAAGAGUAAGCUUCAGGUUAAAUAACUGACAGUUGUUAACUUUUGUUGCAUGCAUACUUUUUCUGUGGCAGCGCUAAUCUCGUUGCUUAAUAGCCACAACAUAUUUUUAUUUUUCAUUGCUAAACGGUUACUAUUUAUUUUAUUCAUUACAUUUUUCUUUACAAUGGAUAUUUAGAUUUUACCUUAUGGCUAAGAUUCUUUCUAAAUUUCAAGACUUAUUCCACAAAACAAACAGGUUACAUUUCUAGGCAAACAAGUUGACUAUUGAGAAUGUAUAACUGAUAUUUCAGAAAGUUUCUUGAAUUUUUAAGCUAAUUAGUUUUAUUGACAAUAGCUAUUCUUGCAUUCGAAUUUUAUAGAAUAAUUUUCAGCUCAUGAAAUAUAUUUUUAUAUGAAGAAUAUUAAAACGUUUGCGAAUUG